AGCUUUGCCGGUGCCAGCUACGGCAUCUCGGUGCAGAAACCUGGCUCUUUCCCCGAGGGCGGCAAAACCAGCGCCCACACUCUGGGGGCUUUGCCAUGCCAAUACCCCUUCCAGCUGCUGCACGAUUCGGGGAAGGAGCCCUACCGGAGCGAUGUGGGGAGCCAGGACUACCUGGACGUGGGGCUCGCCACCAGCCAACUGGCCCAUGGCACCUUCACCUUCCACUCAUCCUCCAGAGAGUGGCAAGAGGAGGCAUUGAGCGGUGGCACCUAUGAGAGCCGUGUCCCCCGAGGGUACGGCUUGGCCCCGCCACCACCACCACUGCCAUCGUUCCUGCACCCACCACCACCGCCGGCCCCGCACCACGGCCCGCUGCUGUGCUGCAAGGGCAGGAGCGAGCAUCCCGCUGACCCCAAUGGUGCUCUCUUGUCAUCUGGUGCUAUCGACCAAAACCCAAGCACUUUCCAAGAAAACCAAGCUGUUUUUCCUCCGUCUAGUUUACACUCACCAAGUCUGCCAAAGCCGGUUGGUAAGAGGCAAGCCUCAGCAAAAGACAGUGGCCCUGGCCCACGGCUCCUGGUCCAGAGCAGCCCUCUGAGAAGGAACGUGCCACCAAACUCUCUCUCCCAAGUGCACUUUCAGAGCAAAGCCUAUUGCAGUUCCCCCGCAGGCAGCGGCAGCGCCGGAUCCGUGCCUUUCGAGACGAGCAUUCCCACUACGGCACCCACCCACCCCAGGCUUGUGCAAGCUUGGGACGGUGCCGCUAAGGCAUUUUCUCCCAUGGACCAGAAUUCAGCACCUUAUCCAAACCCUGUUGGAAACCAGUUCUCAUUCGAGUGCCAGUCUGGCCCCGAGCAGAGGCAGCACAGGCAGAAAAAUGCCAGGAUGCCUUGGCAGCAAAUCCACCUCAAUUCUGCAAUGCCUGGUCAAAACAGGCUUGAGCUGUCAAGACAGAUCACCACCCAGAAGCUCCCCUUCCCCUUGGGCACGUCGGAGUGGCAAGCGAGCGGGAAAGCCCAAAAAGGGCCCCCCGUAAGUAACUCUCCAGGGUAUCAUGGCAAAAAAAUCUUGUCAGGAGAGAGCCUUGGGGUCCAGAGGGGAGACCCCAACUCGACGGGUGCUUUCUCUUUUGAAAAUGGGAAGGAGCCGGGGUCUCCUGCCUGCGAAUCAAGAAGCAAAGCCCUCUUCUACAGCAUGGGUCAAGCAGGCCCUCCUCCCUCCAGGAGCUCUUCAGGCUCAGCGCUGGUCCUGCCACCAUCGGCCUUGGUGGCUGCCUCCCCUUGCGAGUCCCCGCUGCCGUCCCCCGUCCCCAACCCCACCUGUGGCAGUACCUGCUCAUCACUUUCCCCCAUGUCCAGCAGCCCGCUCAACCCCAAUUUUGAAGACAGCCAGAUGUCCGGAGCGCUGACCCCCUCGCCCUUCUUCCAGCACCCCUGCCAUCCCAAGGACGGCAACAAAACCUUCCACCCCUCCAAUGUCCUGAGCUCUGGCUCGCUUCAUUACCACCCCCAGGAUUCCAUCAAGUCCUUCCACUUCCCUCCUGACGCCCUGAAAGACGACAACCUCCUGAAAUGUGCCCCAGCGAGCCCCUUCCACAAGCCCAGCGUGGAGGUGGCCAAAGGAUGCUCAGAUGGGAUGGAUGGGGAGCAGCCCCCACCGCCGUACUCUUCCCAUCACUUGCUGGCCAGCUCGCUUAGCAGUGCCAGCCUGGACCAGCUGGAUGUGCUCCUGACCUGCAAACAGUGUGACCAGAACUACAGCAACCUCUCCUCCUUCCUGCAGCACCGCCAGUUCUGUGCCUCCCAUCCCGCUCCACAGGGAGAGGGCAAGGAUGCUCCCCGGGCAGCUGAGGGGCGGAAAGCGCUCCCCACCGAACCCUCCAAACCCACCAGCCUAGGACUCUCUCCGGACCCUCAAGCACAUUUGCUGGCAUUAAACAAGAGCGAUGACUUCUUGCUGGAUGGAGAAAGCAAAAGUGAGGGCAAGGAAGAUGCUCUGAAGGGUGGACUCUUCAACGGCCUUGCCGCCGGCUCCCUGCCACUCACUGCCUCUGACCUGGACAUCGAUGAUGCCAAACUGGACAGCCUGAUCACUGAAGCCCUCAACGGCCUAGGGUACCAGUCGGAUAACCCAGAGAUCGACAGCAGCUUCAUAGACGUCUUUGCCGAUGAGGAGCUGACGGGCGUGAAGGCAGCCGGUGGUGGGAUGUCCCAAAAGGCAAAGGAAGCCUUGACCUCAGAGAGCAAAUCCAAACAGGCAGCGGCAGAGGAGAAGACAGCGGGACAGCCCAAGGCUGGAUUUUUCUAUGAGGAUGGACACCCAAACAGGGAGCAGGAGAAGAGAGGGGCAGGAAAGCAGCACCUUCACAAGGGGAGGGCGGCGCGGAGGUUGGCAGCCCAGGAGCCAGAUCCUGGGGCAGAGAGGACAUCCAGGCUGAGGGCAGGCAGGAAGAACAGCAUCUCACUGGCCACCACCUCCUCCAAAUCCACCUCCAGCCAAAAACACACCAGGAAGCUCAGCCAGGAGCCUCCGGUGAAGAGCGAAGUGGGGCUGAGCGUUGCCACCAAGAGCUCCAAGCCACCCCGGUUCUCCAUGAAGGACGUGAAGAAGCGAAAACCCCGAAGUGGGACGUGGAGCAAGGAGCUGAUUCACAAGAUCGUGCAGCAGAAAAACAAGCUCCACAAACUGCAGGUGAAGAGCAGCAAGGAGGCAGAGUCCCCCCAGGUCACCGAGAGGCUGAUGCCGGCCACCAAGGAGGGCAGGUUUCGGGAGUACGACUACAUCUCUGACUCAGAUGAUGAUGGGGCAGAGUGCAGCAAGCUCCAGGGGAGGAAGAAGCGCGGCACGGGAUUUGUUGGGAGGACCAAGUACAGCUUCAGCAAGAAACGCCCAGGAAGAAGUGAGAGAGCCAAAGAGAAAGACCCAGCCUGGAGCUACAGCCGUAAAAAGGACAGUCAGAAAAGGGAGGCACAGGAGCAUGGCGGGGUCCAGAGCCAGGAGGAUGCCAGGAAAACGGAUUGUGCCACCAGAGCCCGGAGACGGAGCAGCCAGUCCUCUACCGGCAGCAACCACAGUGGUAUGCCCAGUGAGACAGGCACCAGCCCACCCCACACUGAUGGGGCCGGUUCGAGUGGUGAGAAGGGAGGCACACAGAGGAGGAGGCACUCAGGCAGCCCAGCCCAGGCUCCGCUCAGCCUUCCCGAGGACAGCAGCCCAAGGAAGAGCCAAAAAGAGGACUUUCCCAAGGGAAGCAGGCGGUUUGGCUCAGCCAAACCUUUGGUAGCAGGCUCCAGGACACAGCCGAGUACAGACCCAGAUGUUGCUGUGCUGGACCAUGCAAAAGAGGAGCCAUCCCCGCAGCCCCAGGAAAGGCAGCUCCCCAGCAUGGUGGCCUCAGACAGGAGCCCCAUUGAGGUCUCCUGUAAGGAGGGGGAAGAAGAGCCCAAAGGAGCAGCAAAGCCCAUGGGGGAGGCAGAAGAACCCACCCUGGAGGUUCAGGACUCGCCCGUGCUGACCACGGUCAACGAGAGGCAUCAGUUUGCCCCUUUUGCGGGUGACACACUGAAGUACCACGCAGAAGAGCUAAUUGCCCCAUCCCAUGGCAGUAACGAGGCAAGUCCUGGCAAUGUCAAUGCUGCCUACUCGGAAGCAGGGAUCAAAUACUUGAAGGCACAUGGGCUCUGUGAUGGGCGGAAGGACUUCCCCACGGCAGUCACCCCAUACGGAGGGGAUGCUGUGAGAAUGAUGCUCACUGCCAAGACUCCCGAUCCAUAUGUCAGCAGUGACAAUGCAUUUUUUGAUCCCAAAGGCCUUCCCGGUCACUACGAUGACAACCUCUUCUCAAAGCCCCCUGCCUUGGGCUCCUCGCACAUGGAUGACAUGUACUUAUGCCGUGAUGAUAUCAACACCAGCUCCUUCGAGCAGAAGCACGCCAGCAUCUCCCCUUAUGCCACAGAAACACCACAGGGCAAGGUCUCCUCCCCUCUCAGCUUUGAUUCCUCUUCAAUAUUUGGAGAGCUUCCUGUCGCCGAGUUCGAUCCACCACUGUAUGAGAGCGUUUCUGCAAGCAAAGAUGGUUACAUGACGACGUUCAACUGCCCUGGCAAUGCCCCUAGCAAGCCGCUGCCAUUUGAGCAACCGUAUCCAGCAUUCAUGCCGGAGAAAGACUGGUCCCUCAUGGAGGAGGUGGCUCCAAUGCUGCCAGAAGACAUGGCUCAGUUCCACAGCCUUUCGGUGGAGAAGCCACUGGCCAAGAAAUUCCCCAAGGAAGGCCCUGUCCCCAGCAGCCAACUCUCCCUGCCUCUGCCGGACAGGAUAACAGAUUAUAACGUGACUUUCAUCAACAACAUCUCAGACGACGAGCUGGAGAUCAAGCGGUUGGUCACCGAGUUGGAAAGUCAACUGCAAACCAGCAAGAUGGAUAACGAAGCAUCCGUCGCCCUGCAGAAACCCGAGCAACACGGCGCUGCCCAUCUGCGGGGACCAGCGGCCGAGUCAUUUCCACCGCUGCCGGUUGAGCAAGAGAUGGGCCAUGAGAAGGGGCUGUUUUUGGCUGAUGAGCUGGGCAGUUCAAGCCUGUGUGUCAGGGAGAGGCUGGGGGAUGAGAAAUCAGCUGUCCCGAGCACCCAUGGGGACUACAAGAGAUCCCAGGAGACCUGGCCCUGCUCAGUGGAGCUGAACCCACUGGAGGCAGGAGUGUGCACAUCAACCCCUCUCACCAUGGACCAUUUCUGCUCCAAAGACAGCAGUGAGCAGCUGCGGGGAGCAAUGGCUGCCCAGGAAAGUGACCUCGGAAAGAUGGAAAAUGGGUCUUCCUCUAAAUGUCUGCCUGGCCCACGCACGCCAGACCAAACAGACCCCAUGACAAAAAGUCCCCCUGUUGUCAACGUGUUCCCCAGCACCCUGGAGGCAGCAGAAGCCACCAAUGAUCCCCAGCCAUCCCUGCCAUGCCAGAGCGAUGCCGAGAGCUUCCCUGAGCCGGGGAAAGCAGAUGAAAGCUUCGCCGAUGCUGCAGAGAUGGAGAAGUUCGAUGCCCAUCUUCCACACCCUAAACCUGAAUUUGGAUUUCAGCAAUGUCCCACCCCAGCCUUGGAUCUCGCCUUUUCACCUCACCUCAAAGAGAUCCCAGAUACAGAAGAAAGACCCUUAAGCAAGCCUGAGUCACCCAAAACAGCAAAAAGCACUGUGGACUGCAAAGGGGAUGGUGGUGGGUCUGUGCUGAUGAAAGAAAUGGAGGAGAGGAAGAGCCCCACCACCUAUCCAGCCCCUGGACCUGGUGACAAGGCCAACAAGCAGAAAGUGAUGCUGUUUGAUAUGUUGAGUGACCACAGCUCUCAGAAGGUAUUGGCAUCCCAGGAGACAGCUGCCAACCCUCUGCAGCAGCUUCAGCUCUUCGUUGCCCGAACAGUGAAGAGCAAUGAAGAGGAGCUGCUGAUGCCGUGCUUUCCCAUGCUGCUCGCUCCCAGCCACCCCUCUGCCACCACCCACAUCGAGCCGGAGCAGAAAGAGGAGAGCGGUGGUGCCUCAGAAGGGGAAAAUCUGACAUAUUGCCCUGCCCAAGGGGAGGGGAACGUCCCCAUUGGAGGCAACGUGGAAAAUAUUGCUGCUCCAGCAAAAGAGGUGGUGGUUUUCUCUGGUGCAUGCGAGCAGCUGGAGUCAUUCAGUGUGAUGGGCUCUUACCAUGCAAAACAAUCCACAUUCGUGAAGCCAGAGCUGCAAAAUAAUGUAAUGGAGCUGCAGCACUUAGCAAAUGAAGAUACAGAGCUGAGUGACAUUAAUAUCCGUGCAGAUGGUGUUUCCCGAGAGCGUAAUGACCUCUCGCCACUGAAAAACACAGCGGUGACCCCACUGCUAGGGCACGGAAAGAAAGCUGAUCAGCUCGUGGAAGAGCAGGAGCAAGGCAAAACCAAAGCGACCUUGACAUUUAAAAACCACGAGCAAUCCCAUUUAAGCCAUGGUUUGCUCGAGAAUGAAGCACUGGGCAGUGCAGCAGCAGAGGAAAGAAAUGAGGUGGGGCAGGGGUCUGCGAGUCCCACCAGCCCCCCUGGUCCCUCUGAGAAAGAUCUCCACCAGGAUGACCGCUUGGUGCUGGAGACUAAAGACAGCACAGUCAAUGCAAAGGCUCCCAGAGAAGGAAAUGGCAAGAAGUCCCUCAAUGGUUGUCACUAUGCAGGUGAACCUCCAGCCAGCCUGCCCUCACUGGCCAAAUUUUCUCACCCCAAAUCCAUGCAAAGUGGUGGGACCGAGGGGGAAGAGGUCCCCAGCUUCAGCACUCAGCUCUCAGAGGAGAAGAAAUACGGCGCAUCCUUGCUUAACACAUCGAAUUCAUUUAUCAUGAAGAGAUGUCCUCCUGAGGCCGACAGCCAUCACGUCCAUCACCCCACCGUGAGCCCAGUAGAACAAGGGACAUGGAAAAGGACACCCACAUUUCCUCCCUCGCUGCAUCAAUAUGUGGCUGCGCCGAUGGAGGUGGUGGAGGAUGGUCACCAUCACCUCCCUGAUGGCAUUUUGGGUAACUACGAACCAUCUGAAAGAGAAGGAACGGCAAGACCCUACGCUCUGUUACACACUGAUGCUCUGGUGGGCUCUGCCUUGGAGAUGGAUGGUCCCCAGAAACCACAUGGGAAGGACUGCUCUCUUCCCUGCUCGCCACCUUUCAGCCAAAAGGCUGUUGGGAAAGAGGUACCUGAAAGCACCAGUGCUGCGCUGUCAAGCGCUCAUUUUCAAGAAGACCAAGCAUGUGCUGUCAUGGAUAUGGUCGUUAACUCCAUUCCUCUGGAAAACCAAGAUUACCAGCCCACAUCAGAUCUUCUGCCAAUCAGAGAAAGAGAGGUAAACCUGAACCAAGAGAACGAGCUUGACAGCUGCUCUGAUGAUAGAAAUAAGCAUCAAAGUGCACCAGAGGCCUUGUCCAAUAGUUUUGUGAAGUCUUCAGAGGCAGCAGAGGUGAGACUUGGUCUUUCCAAAACCACAGAGAGAGGAGAGAAGAGUUUAAAAGGGGAGAAAUCCCAAAGCCAUGGAGCUGGAGAAGCUGGGAGUUGUGUGUUAAACAGUGUGGGCCAAGGGGAGAACAACGCACCUGACAGUGCUCCAAACCCUUCCCAAAAUGAACUUCACAAAGAAAAGAAGCCGAAUGGGCUCCCAGUGACCUGUGACAUUUGUUCAGCUUCUUUCAGGUCCAAGCCUGGCCUGACCAGGCACAAAGCUGUCAAACACCAGGUGAAGAACAGCAGCACACCACAGCCUGGCAAGAGUCCCAGGUCCACCUUGAUUCCUGCAGACAAGACAUCGAAAGCAGCCCAAAAGGUGCCCAGGAGGAGCCUGAAGACUUUGGUCAAAGAGAAAACCUGCAGCUCCCAGAUGCCAACUGCCAUCAUUGAUUCCAGGAAAAUAUGCCCAGAGCUGGAAAAAGAGCCCAGCACCCAGAUGCAAGAAGUGGUCAGCAGAGUGCUCAGCGACCUCAGCGUGAUCUCCUUCGAGAUGUCUCAGGAGCUGCACUGCACACGUGUUCUGCAGAGGGACAUGAAGGCCAAGGGACCGUGCUCAGAGAUGAGGGAAGCAGGCGAGGCAGUGCAUGGGAAGAUAGACCUGAGCUGGCAUGCCAGGAAGGGAGAAAAGGACAGGAGGAGCCAAAGCAAAGAUCCUGGAGAGGUGAGCAGCAAUUCUGAAAAGAAGCUGAACAGGAAAGUGAGACGAAGGAAAGCAAAGGUUCUUCCCAGCAGAAAUGAGCCCGAUGUUCCAUGUGAGGUGGAAAAGGCAGUGGGUCCUUCCCCUCUUGUCCUCAGCUCUGGUCUGCCCAAGAUAACGGAGAGCUUGCAUGAGCCAGGCAUUUGCAUCUCCACAGAGGAGGAAAAUAAGUCCAGCUCAUCCCAGCACGCUCAAAAGUCCAAAGAGUCCCCUUGUGCAGCUGAGUUCGCAGAGGACCUGGGGGAUAGGGUGGUGUCUUCAAAGGAGAUCAGUAAAGAGUCAGUAACGGGCACAGUCGCCUGUCCUGCGGAGGUGGAAGAUCCAAGUGUAGAGGAAGAUCCAAAUGGAGAGGAAGAUCCAAAUGGAGUGGAAGACACGCAGGCUUGCAAAAAAUGGGUUAGUGGGUUUGUGAAGCAAGUGGAGAAAGGAUUGGGCAAGGUAGGCAAAGAGCAGCACCGUGGUGUUGAUGGUGCAGAGGAGAUGGAUGCUGAGACAGGAGAUAGUCCUGCGGCAGGGAACCAGAGCGAUGCCCUGCAGGGUCCCACAGCUCCUGCCGAAGGGGAUCUGCCGCUGGAGACACAUGAUUCGGAAACCACCCAAAAAACUCCUAGGCAAGGCAGUCUGCAGACUCCACCAGGGACCAGCCCUCCUCCUGUGGAGCCGAAACACUGGGCGAAGGCAGAUGUGUCACCGGGCAGAGAGCCCUGUGUGGACAGCACAGCCGUCUCGGACCUCCAGAGUUUGUUUGACGAUGACUCCACCUUCUCCCAGCUGUUUCCUCGGGAUGACCAGUUUGUCCGGAGAAAGUGCACACGGGUGUAUGGGAAGCGCAGCAAGAAACCCAAGCCCAUGACAGAGAUGAACCUCCAGCCAACAGGUGCCAUCGACCUCUUCACAAUCCGGUUAUCUUCUGACCUCAGCGAAACCAGCUCCUUCUGCAUCACCAGGGAGGACCCUGGUGAAUAUGAAACCAUCUCCGUCGACGAUGCCUUAAUGCUAAACAUGUGUCACGGCAGCAAGGCCAAGAGCGGAGAUGCUGCACCCAAUGGAUCUAAAAGCAUUGUGCCAGGGUCGGACUGUGAGAAGACCGACCAAGAGAAGGAGGACAUCGACCUGGAAGACAACAUGUUGCCCUUCUUGUGCCAAAACAGCCAAGUGGACAACGUCCCCAGCUUGAGCAUCUGGGGGAGUCUGGAGAAGGAAGGAGAAAGCCUCUCUGCUGAGGACAUGUUUGAGCCUCUGAUGGACCUUGCGGAUGAGCAUGUGCUCAGAGAAGCAAGCUCCGAGCCCCCUAACCUGACGGAGGAGCCUUACGAUGGCAAAGCUAACGAAGAUUCAGACUCUCCUGAAUUUCAUACCAUCGACAUUGAGAUGCUGAAUGCAAAACUGAAAAUGAGGGACGUGUGCUUCUUUGACCCUUGCGAAGAUCUUCCUGGCCAUGAGGAGGACAAUGCUGGGAGUCUCAAGCUGAAACCAGGCCAGCACAGCAAGCACCGAGGUAAAGGAGAAGAUGGGAAGGUGGGGAAAAACCGCGGUGAGAUGACCAUCAAGGCCAAAGACAAGCAGUACAAAUGCAAAGUCUGCUUCCAGUGGUUCCUGACAUUAGGGGAGCUGGACUUCCACAAGCUCUCCCAUAACCCUUCCCCUCCGCCUACCUGCUACAUGUGCGUCCAGCGCAAAUUCAGCUCCCGGGAGCAGCUGAGGGACCAUCUGAAGGAGAAGCACGCCAAAAACAAAGCCGGUCUGUGGGCUUGCGGGAUGUGCCUGAAGGAGAUCUCUGAUGUCUGGAUGUACAACGAGCAUCUCCGGGAGCACGCCACCCAGUUCGCUCGCAAGGGGCAGGCACAGAAGUCAGUGAUGGGCCUGCCAGCCUGCUUCGGUGAGGACAAUGCUGCUGUCACCCAUUUCCUCAACACCAUCAUGUAUCGGAAGCCCAGCAGGUCCUCCCGGCACACCGACCCCAGUAGCAAACACAUGGUGAGCAGAGAGAGCAAGAGCCCCAAGGAGCUGCCCCUCGAGCAGGAGGCCAGAGCAAUGAAAGAGCCCUUGGAAAGCAACGUCAAGGUGAAGCCACCUGCACCCAGCUCCUCUAAAGCAUCCGCCAGUCCGUCUCCAGAGCACAUGGCAAGAAGUGAAGGCACCCCAAAAUCUGUCCCCAUGCACCCUGACUGCAAAGAUCCUUCCAGGGACUGUCAUCACUGUGGGAAACAGUUUCCCAAGCCCUUCAAGCUCCAGCGGCACUUAGUCGUGCACAGUUUACAGAAGAUUUACUUGUGCCACAAGUGCCCGAUGUUCUACCAGGAGACCAAAGAGCUUCGAAACCACCUCAGUCAGGAGCAUGGGAUAGUGGAAGAGCAGGAGAUCAAGCACACCACCCUGUACGCCUGCGAGCUCUGCGCCGACGUCAUGCACGUCAUCAAGAAGUCCUUCAUCUGCAGCAUGUGCAACUACACCUUCUCCAAGAAAGAGCAGUAUGACCGGCACAUGGAGAAGCACCUGGCGGGGAGCAACAAGACAUUCAAAUUCAGAGGGGUGAUGAGACCUGGCAUUGCCUCCAGGGAGGGCAGGGAGAAGGGGAAGGAGGCCCGCUCUUCGCGGGAAGGCGUGCCGCCCAGCAAGAAGAGGAGGGUUGCUCACCACAGCAGCUCCCUGGUCCACCUAGACCACAGUGGUGACCUUCAGCUGGUGGAGGCUGCAAACCCCAGCCUGCAGACCCCCACUGACUCCUUCCCUACAGCAGCCACUGACCCAGGAGCACCCCUGCCCCAACCCUCUGUGAAAACUGAACACCUGGUGGGCGACUUCUCCGACCUCCUGGUGGAGAUGGAGAAGUCCCAGUUUGAUGCCCUGCCUCCACCACCCUGCCUCUCCCCGUCUUUGCCACAGGCUGCGGCCAGCAGCCCGGAGCUCGACCAUAUCGCUGCCCUGUCUAUGGAGGAGCUGGAGAAAGGAACAUUUGAUGGGAAACCACUGCCUUUCUUGGACUCACCUGAGUUUACCAUUGACCUAGCUGGGCUGGCUUGUAACCAGGCCACAGAGCAAAAACUCUCUCCUCCACACCUCACCGAGAAACGUGGCCACACCGAUGCCCAUAAAAGAACAAGUGUAGGCAACAAAGACGAAUAUGUAGCAGGUGUCCUGGAAAAUCCCGACGCAGCCACUGACGCCAUGGAUGGGAUCCCAUUUCUCCAGCUUGCCAAGGUCUCAGAGCUUCCUUCCCCACAAACAGAGGCACUGCCAGCCAAGGAGACCCACAGGUGGGGCAACCCCAGUGCCAGUGAUGCAUCUUCUUGGGAAGGUGCAUCUAAGGCCAUGUCUCCAGAAGCUGCCCACCACCCCCUACCCCUGAAGGACAAAACGGCAUCACCCACACAGAGCAAGGCUCCCAGAGAUUCAGCCCCGCAGAGGAAGAUCGCAGGUAGCCAACCCAGCAGUGAGACUACACCGUUCACAGACACCCCCAGCGGCAGCACUGAGGAUGGUCAUCAGCCCAUCUCUGGGAAGGAGAAAGCCAUGCCCGAGGCCAAGGACAGCAGCACCAACACCAAGGACCAAGGCGUCAACCCAAGCAAAUCCAGUAACCACCAGCCCAGAGGCGAGGUGAGACAUGGCCACAUGGAGCCGAGCAAAGCCACCAGCAAGCUGCACCCCAAGAGGCGGAAAGAGCACAAGUCCUUGAGCCACCGGAGCAGCUCCGGCUCCCGGGAGAACAUGGAGGGAGAUGGGAAGAAGAAAAAAGCCCGGACGCCGUGCCCAGGGAGGAGCGAAAGCUCCAGUGAGCUCAAACGCAGCAGCUGGAGCAACGCCGAAGCAUCCGCCCUCUCCCCGGGGAGGAGGGAGACGCACUGCAACAAACUGGUACACAAGCCCAAAACUGGCACCCAGGUGAAGAAGAUGGUCCUGGACACUUAUAAUCAGAAGAAGGGGGAGCUCCGUCACGCCAAUGGGGACAUGAAACGCAGGAAGGCCAUUUUGGGGAAGAGCCUCCAACAAGUGUUGGCCAAGGGGCCAGCGCCGUCCCCACGUGGCUCCUUGCACAGCCCUCGGGCCGCCCGGGGUGCCAAGGGGGCCGGCUCGGCCAGCUACCGCACCGCCGAGUCCCAAAACAACCUCCUAAGCCAACUCUUUGGGCAAAAAUUAACUAGCUUUAAAAUUCCUUUAAGAAGAGAUACUUCAGAGUAA